AUGCCCUCCACAAUUUCUCAUCGCUCUGCUCAACGUCGAGCUCACAUGCGCCGAAACCCCUUUUCUGCCCCAUCCUUUGUAGCCGUUGUGCCUCCCUCUGCUGCGGCCGCUAUGUCUGCCUCGCCUCGAGCCAUUGUUCCUCCUUUUGUUCCGCCUGCUGUUCCGGCUUCGGUGCCUUCUUUUUCUGCGACCAUGAUGCCUGCUUCUUCUGCGAUGUCUGUGCCUUGCUGUCUUUUCACCUUUUCUUCUUCGAUGCGUUUGCCUUUGAUACAGGGCGACCCAGUUCAGAUCUACGUUUCCGAGGUUCAAGAUAUCCUACAAGAGAUCCUCGACGACCCAGAGUACUGUGAACAUGAUGAUGCCGUAGUUGGUGAUUCUUCGAAGUAG